GCGCACCUCUUCCAAGAAUUUCCCUACAACAGCAAAACGCGGAGCCAGCCAACUCCAAGAAAAACAAAAGGAACAGAACUACAGAAGGAGAAGAAUAAUCUCUCCUCGCCUCUCGUCUCCCUGUUGCUUGCGCCUCCCGUCUGCGUGUGAUCGAAGCAGAGGCGCGGGCGGGCGGCUCCCCCGACUCCGAUCCGAUGGCCUUCAUGCGCACCCACUCAAAUGCCUCUUCAGGCAUGGGAGUUGCUCCUGACAUCAGGGACACGUUCCUCCAGCUUCAGAUGAAGAAGGCGUUCCGAUAUGUUAUCUUCAAAAUCGAGGAAAAGCAGAAGCAGGUGGUUGUGGAGAAGACCGGGGCUACCACUGAAAGUUAUGAUGAUUUUUUGGCUUCUCUUCCAGAAAAUGACUGCAGAUAUGCAAUCUAUGAUUUUGACUUCGUUACUGGAGAGAAUGUGCAGAAAAGCAAGAUUUUUUUCAUUGCUUGGUCUCCAUCCACAUCCAGGAUUCGUGCUAAGAUGCUGUACUCCACCUCCAAGGACCGCAUCAAGCAUGAACUUGAUGGGUUUCACUACGAGAUCCAGGCAACCGACCCAACAGAGGUGGACCUCGAAGUCCUCCGAGAGCGGGCUCAUUGAAGCUGAUUGACCUCGAAGGACCUGUGGAGGCGUUGAGACUUCAGUCAGACGCAAAUUCUAUUAUCAAUGAUGCUCCUGCCAUGGUAUUGUUAAUAAGAAAAUGUCUAGUAGUGAUGCAUGACUCUAGCUGGUGAAGCAUUAUCAAAGAUCUAUCCGUUCUAGGUCUUGAGCCUGUAAACGAAGUAACAUUUACAAACUCAUAUUGUGGUAUCGAUACUGGAUUACUGGUUGUGUAUUGUUCGAAAAUGAAAUGGCCCGUUUGGUCACAA